CGGAACGGGAAAGUGCCGUAGCAUUUUGCAUCCCCUUCUUCGGGUGUCUCGGAGCCUCUCUAGGCUCAGGGCUUUUGUGUUUGAUUUUUUAACCCUUCGAGUAUUUCCGCAUACGGCUAAUAAGCGUCUGUGCUGAAGUUGACUUGGCUAAGGAUGGGCGAAUCGUGUCCGUUUUGGGUACUCUCAGUUUCUCGCUUUCCGUCCUGAAGUUCAGCUCUCCACAUUUCCACAUGCAGGUUUGUUUGUUUGAAGUCUUUAUGAAAAUUCAUCAGCAUUCUUCGGGUGAAAUCUUCCUAAUAACGCAAGCAUUCCUAUGCGCAAUUUUGCCUCACCUGCACGUUUUGGUAAAGCAAUAUUCCCAAAUGGAAUCGUGGAGUUGGAAGGGACCCCGAGGGUCAUCUAGUCCAACCCCCUGCAAUGCAGGGGUCUCAGUUAAAGCAUCCAUGACAUGUGGCCAUCCAACCUCUGCUUAAAAACCUCCAAGGAAGGAGAGCCCACCAUCUCUCGUGGGAAUCUGUUCCACUGUCAAACAGCUCUUACUGUCAUAAAGCUUUUCUGAAUGUUUAGUCCAGGCUUCCUCAACCUUGGCCCUCCAGAAGUUUUUGGCCUACAACUCCCAUGAUCCCUAGCUGGCAGGGCCAGUGGUCAGGGAUGCUGGGAAUUGUAGUCUCAAAACAUCUGGAGGGUCGAGGUUGAGGAAGCCUGGUUUAGUUGGAAUCUCCUUUCUUGCAACUGAAAGCCGUUGGUCCAGAGGAGGAGAAAACAAGCAUGCUCCCUCCUCCAUGUGACAGCCCUUAGGAUAUCUGAAGAUGACUAUCAUGUAUGCUCUCAGUCGCCUCUUUUCCAGGCUAAACAUAACCAACUCUUUCAAGCGCUCCUCAUAAGGCUUAGUUUCCAGACCCUUGACCACCUUGGUUGCCCUCCUCUGCACACGUUCCAGCUUGUCAAUAUCCUUCUUAAAUUGUGGUGCCCAGAAUUGGACACAGUAUUCCAGAUGCAGUCUGACCAAGUCAGAAUAGAGUUGUACUACUACUUCGCUUGAUCUGGACACCACACUUCUGUAUAGUGUAUACUCCUGGAAUGCAUUUUUGUACAGUAUGUCAUUUUCACAGUUAAAUGCAUUUUUACUCACAGUUUACCCUAGUUUUUGCAUUUCCGUACAGACGCUUGGCUGGAUAAAUGCACUGCAGAGAAGUCCAAAUUUUGAAGAAUGGCUGUGUUUUGGUUCAUGUAUUGUUUUUGAAAGUGCAAAUUAGCUUGGUUCGUCUUUAAAUGUCAACUGAAUAUCAUUUCUCCCUCUUGGGCUUCUUGUCACCAAACCCAUAACAAUGUGUACUGGUUGUCCAAAACAACUUUCACAUUCCACCAGCCCAUUUAAGAAAUGAUACUUGCCAGUAAUGGGGACACACACACACACACACACACACAUUUCAGUUUUUUCCAGACUCCCAAGUGCCUUGAGGCCAAACUAGACAUGAGAUUAUUAUCCACACCUUUAGACUUUGCAUGACUAAUUUAAAAAUAAAUAUAUGAUAAAGGCACGCCUGAGGGAGGAUAGAAUCCUAGAGAACCGUAGAGUGUGAAGGGACCAUGAGGGUCAUCUAGUACAGGAAUCGUUUACCCACCAUGGGGCUUGGGAGGAAAGAGUUAAUUUCAGGUACCGCCUCUCUGUGGGCGGAGCUAUUGCAGGAAGAAUGCCGGGGAGUUCCAUGACGCUGCUGCAGCUAUUUCUCUGUAAGUUGGGACCCUCGCGUGGAAGAGGAAAUGGUGGGGGGCUUUCUUGGGUUAAAUAUACAGUACUGUAGUACAUGAUGGAAGCCAGAACUCCUGGGUUCACCAGCAGUAAAUCGCAGAUUAGUUCUUAUGACACACUAGACUACUAGUCACAAUCUAGCUUAGAUCCCACUCCUCCUGUCUUUUGGUGCAAAUACUUAUGAAUUGAAUUAAUUGCAAUCUGCAUUUUGUGCCUGCGAGUGUAGAACCAGAGAUCGUCGAUAAUUCCCGAUAAAAGAUGGAUGCGUGUGAUUUUUGUGUCUGCCCUUUUCAAGAGGCUCGUAACCUUAACACGUUUAACCUUCUGCACUGGCCACUUUUCGCUGCGGAAUUCUGUGAAUGUUUACUCCAGUACCCUGUGCUGAACAAUCUGGAGGAAAAUAAAGUGUGAAUAGUGAGGAAAGGAAAGCUAAAAACACUCAAUAGGAGAAAGUUAUAAACCAGCACUCUUUUGAUGUCUUUCCUACAUUUUGGACCCCAGGUGCGUUUGCUGAGUUCUGUUGGGAGCCGGUGAACUCUCUGCAUACGUCUUGUCGUGUAAAGCCGCUUCUCCUUUUCCAUAUGACGGAGGUUCUUGCCCCCAUCCAUAAGGCUGAUCUUUGUGUUUUUAUUCUCCUUUGAGUAGCUUCCUGUCUCAUUAAAUCACAGGUGGGGAACCUUUUUCAGAUCGAGGGCCACAUUUCCUUGUGGGCAGUCUUCUCAGGACCAGAGGCAAAAGGGUGUGGAGCAAUGAAAAUAAAUGGUUCCUUUGUACAACAGGCUUAAUAACUUGGCACACACUCACACACCCCUCUCUAUCCUGGCCCUGCUCUAGAUCCCUAGGGACCAGUUCCCAUUUAUUUCAAGAUUUUCGAGUGGGUUCCAGAAUUUACCGUAGCAAUUCAGCAAUGUUCCAGUAGAUUAUAUUGAUGGAUUGUGGGUUUUUUUGGAUAGGAUUCUUAUUUACCAGCCUCAAAAUGAGCCAUUUUCAAAACUGCAAUUCCAGUGCUCUGCAUUUCCAUAUCACAACAGUCAUUCCCCCCUCCCAUUUGUUUCCAAGAUUGAACGUCAAGAAGGAACCUCUUCCGUCCCAUCCAAGCCAUGUCUGUAGGCUCCAGUCUUGUGAGGAUGAGUGUCCUCUUCCGGCCACGCCUUCUGAUGUUACUGGACCACCCGCAUCGCGCUGUCCACGCCUCCUGUGCUGCCUUCGCCGGACACAACAAAUGGUCCAAGGUCAAAAACAUUAAGGGUCCGAAGGAUGAAGCUCGGGCCCGUGUCUUCCAGAAGCUUAGCAUGUUGAUCCGAUUGGCUAUAAGAGGUACGGCGGCAGGAUUUCUGUUGCUAUUCUGCGAUGGAAGCGGAGAUUCCUAGCGCACAGCUAGGCUCCCAUGUUUCCGCUUGCUGCGUGGCAAGUGUGCCCCCGGUCUCUGGCAAGCAUGGGCGAAACCCAUACUUGCCCACAUACUUGGAGCAGCAAAUCUGGUCGGUGGCCAUCCCCGCAGUUCCUGUUCCCCAGCUCCCAAGAAUGCACUAGGCUACAUUCCCCUCCAUUAUGCUGAGUUUUCUUUUUCUUUUUUUGAUAAUUAUUUUUAUAAUUUUUCAGUUACAGUCCAAUAAUAGCCUCAUUAUAACAAUACCAAAUUAUAAUACCAAUCAUUCAAAUACCGAAUUACAUUAUUUAAGUGGCCGCCCACAUGCUAGAUUUGAUGGUUUGAUGAUUUUCUUUAUUUCUGCAUUCCAAAAUCUUAUUGAUUUCAAUUACAUUCCAGUCAAAAUAAUAAUCCCUUAUACAACAGCUGCAAUGUUAAUAACUUCUAUUCGUGUUGACACAUUAAAUGAUUUCUAGAACUACAAGUGAGGCACUCAAACUAUGUCCUUGUUCUUCCUGUGUGUGGCAAUUAUUCUGUCCAUGGGGUUUCUUCAUUACGCUGAAUUUUCGAUUGUAAACACUUUAAGGCAAAGACCAUCUUGUGCUCCCAUCAUUCUGCGAAGCGAGACAACGCUUUAUGAUAAACCAUUCGUUUAAGGGUAACCUUCUGUCUUCCUGCAUUGUCUUUGCCAGAAGGCGGACCCAACCCGGAACUGAACACGAAUCUCGCCAAUGUUAUUGAGCAGUGCCGCAGCAAGAGCAUGCCCAAGGCCUCCAUCGAAGCAGCACUCACCCGCGGGGUAUGUUUCUGAGCUGUUUGGAGCCAGGGUGCAGAUGCUGCCACCUCUUUUGUGUGAGAGGAGAAAGUUGUGUGUGUGUGUGUGUCUGGUGGGGUAACAAGGAAAUGGUAGUGAUUGGAAAGGGGUUGAUUGGUCUGUGUCACUCGCCGUCCUUUGUGUCGCCAAGCCACCCUUGCCCAAAACUUAAAUUGGUAGUAUGUAGUAGUAGUAGUAGUAGUAGUGGAAAACCUUUUGAUUCUCCACAUGGCGCUGAACUACAACUCCCAUCAUCUGGGUGGGUGUGUGUCUGUCCCUCAAGAUACAACUUACUGUUCUUUUGAACUUUUCUCUUUUGGUAGGAAAAAAUCAAAUCGUCCUACCUGCUGUAUGGGGUGCGAGGCCCUGGCGGCUGCACCCUACUAAUUGAGAUGCUGACGGACAAUACGAAAAGGUCCUUCAAUGAAAUCCGGCAUCUUCUGAACAAACACGGGUUAGUGUGGGGGUGAAGUGGUCAGCUGGGGGUGGGGACCACAUCUGGCUUGCAUUGGUUGAGAGGGUCUUACUGGGUUGGAGGAGAGGGUCUGGAUUAUUUGCUUCCCGAUGGUCACAGUGCGGCUUUUCUGGAUUCCCUUUGGACUGGAGAAGUUCAAGCAUUCCCCAUCAUAUGGUGAUGGCAGACAGCAGAUGUUGGCUGCUCCUUCUCCUCCGUGUUCCCCACCGUCCCACCCUAUUACUUGUUGGGGCUGAACCUCCAACGGCUCUUUGACUCAGGCAGAUUCCCCAUGCAUUUCAGUGUUGGAGCUGCAAACAUUCAACUCCAAUGCUUGUGGGGCUGGGAUAUCAGGGGCAAGACAGAGGCGGUGGGGACAACACAUCCUUGCUCUCCCCACCUCAUCUCUACAUGAUGGGGAACGUGAGGAAGAUUCUGUGUCCAGGGCAGCUGUCUACCAGCUCCAUCUGGUACGCCGGCUGAGACCCUACCUACCCGCAGACUGUCUUGCCCGAGUGUUGCGCGCUCUGGUUAUCUUCUGCUUGGAUUACUGCAAUGCGCUCUAAGUGGGGCUACCUUUGAAGGUGACCCGGAAACUGCAACUAAUCCAGAAUGUGGCAGCUAGACUGGUGACUGGGAGAAGCCCUAAACAGCCUCGACCCAGUAUACCUGAAGGAGAGCCUCCACCCGCAUUGUUCAGCCAGGACACUGAGGUCCAGCUCCGAGGGCCUUCCGGCAGUUCCCUCACUGCAAGAUGUGAAGCUGCAGGGAACCAGGCAGAGGGCCUUCUUGUUAGUGGCACCCACCCUGUGGAACGCCCUCCCACCAGAUGUCAAGGAAAUAAACAACUACAGAAGACAUCUGAAGGCAGCCCUGUUUAGGGAAAUUUUUAAUGUUUGAUUUCUGUUGUGCUUUUAAUAUUCUGUUGGUAGCCGCCCAGAGUGGCUGGGGAAACCAUGGGUCUCCUCCUGUUGUUGGACCACAACUCCCAUCUGUGACCUUUGGCUGGGGCUUAUAGGAGCUGGCAUUCAGAGUGUGUCAAAAUGCCAGCCUUGCCCAACCUGAUGCCCUUGAGACAUUUUGAACUCGUUACCAUCUGCUGCCAGCCAGCAUGACUGCUUUGGCUGGGGCUUAUGGGAGUUGUAGUCCAAAGUACUUGGAAGUCUCUGGGUUGGGGAAGCCUGCAAUAAGGGGUGCUUUGGUUGGGGUUUUUUAGUUUCUCUCUGGGAGGAGAGGAAUGUACUCUAGUAAGUUGGAGGUGGGACCAUAGGAACCUGAUUUCUCUUGGAAGAACAUGGUUAAAUAUUGUGUGUAUGAUACAGGACUGAGGCCUGCACGUCAGGCAUGAGUUUUAUAUGCAGCCUCUGAGCAAACCGUAUUCCCACACUGCUUCUAGUUUUGAACGUCUUCUUAUAUUUUUAGAUCUUGUGGUUCACUAUCACUUAAUGUCUGUGCUGGGGGCGGGCGGAUUGCUGCCCCCCACUUUGUGUUCCCUGCAGGGGACAACUUGUCGACGGGGCCCAGCAUAACUUUGAGAAGAAGGGCGUUGUCACGGUGAGCAGCGAGAACCGGUCCGGCAGCGCCGUCACCUUGGACCAGGCCCUGGAGCUGGCUAUCGAGGCUGGAGCGGAAGAUGUCCAAGAGGAGGAAGAUGAGAACGAGAAGAUGCUUCUGAAGGUGAGAGGCAGGUUUCUCAUGGAGCUGCACUACCGUGUUUGAGUCUGCAAAGCGUUUGCGGCUGAAUGCCUUUCUUCUUUUGCCCCCUUCUGCCCAGUUCGUUUGUGCUGUGCCAACAUUGCGCCAGGUCCGUGAAAAGCUCGACUCGCUGGGCCUGUGUUCUGUCUCUGCUGGCCUCGAGUUCAUCCCGACCGUCAGCACCCAGUUAUCGGACGAGGAGAUGGAUCAGGCGUCGCGGCUGCUGGAGGCUCUGCGGGACAACCUGGAUGUCGUCCGUGUGUACGACAACAUCGCAUAGAUUGAUGAGAGCCUCCCUGGAGAACCUCUCUCGGCAUCAGUGGGAGCGGCAGAAGACUGCUAUAAGCUGUGGCCUGAUGUGCACCAUGUCAGAAGCCUUGCUGCGAGGUCAAAUUUGAGGUGCCUUUUCAGAGCAGUUAAGGUUGGCAGCCAGGAAUGAGGGUUACUGUGCUGCUGAGGCUUCCACUUGUCUCCCCUGCUGGACUUUUCUCUCAUAGUUAAUGGUACCUUACCUGAAGGCAGGCCCACACUGUGAGCAAAAUCCAAGGGGCCCUCGAGCAGCUGUGGGUGUCGAGUGAGCACUCUGGCAAGGCUGGAUUCUGGCCCUGUUUUGCACACUUCUUCUGCUGGAAAAUCCAAGGAGUGUUCACUAUAAAAGCCUCCUUCUUGAAGCUGCAACGUUCUCUGGAGUUCCAGUAUUGAAGCAAGGUCCAUGGACUUUUAGUCUUAUUGAUGACCCAGGAACAGCCAAUGAAUUGAGGUUAUUCAUGAGCCAGCAAUGGCAUAGUGACUGAAUGCCUCACUACCUCACCACUUGACUCGAUGCCCAAAUGAUCCAAAUGGGAUUUUUAUGUUUUCUCAGGCAUUGUUUGGAGGUGGGUGUGAUUGCUGAAUAACCCUGCAAGGGCAAAAACCUUUGAUAACAUUGUCCACUUUAGAGUGGAAGCAUGAGGCCGAAAGCAGGCGUCAUGUUUUUAAGUGUGGUGGAAGCAGUCUGAAAGCUCACAUGUAUUUUGCCUUGGAAGACAUUUGUUGUCAAGAGGCAGAAACUGGUGUGUUCAACAAGCCACGAUUCACGUCUUUAUCCUGAGUGUUGCCUGCUGUUUGGAGAGAGCUAAUUAAAGUUUUGUGUUUGCUGUA